CCCACGUGUUUUCCCUCAUCUGGCCGCGUGUUUAACUGCGCGUUUCGGCUUUUUUUGUCGUCGUCGGGGCCUUUUCACAGUUUUUCCCGUGUGAACAAAGAAAAUUCUCAAAAAUCAAUGAUUAUUUGCCGUGAAAGUUGUUGUUCUUGUUGUGAGCGAUUGUCGUGAGAUAAAACUUUUAUCCCCUUUAAAUAACAAACAAACAAACAAACAAACCAAAUAAUUUUAGUUUGAAAUUAUGUUGAAAAUCAUGGGUUAACGUAAUUUUUUUUUUGGUGAAAAUCAAAAGAAAAAAAAAAGCGGUAGUAAUUUUUUUCUCUCUCUAUAUGUAAAAGUUUUAUUUUGUAGAGAUUUGUGUUUUUGUGUGGGUGGGUGUGUAUGUUUUCAAUUUUUGUCGUCUGUGCAAUUUUUUUUUAUUUGAAAUAAAAAUGAUGAUGAACAGUCAAGAUAUACCGGAUUCACAAAAAACAACUCAAAAUACACAAGUUGGAGAUAUAUUUUCACAAGAUUUUUUGGAUUCUCCAGUGUCAUUGCUACCAUGGGGAAGAUUGUGUCCUAAUAAACCAAAAUUUAUCCCAGUCGAAUUGAUCGGAGAUUCCUACACACUGGGAAGAGCAAUGACCUGUGAAAUAAAUGUAAUGAUGCUUGGUUUGGAAAAAAAAGUUGUCGAUUGCAUUAGUAAACAGCAUUUUAAAAUAACAAAGGAAAAAAUAAAGAGCUCGAAUAACAUCGAGGACAUCACUGUCGUCUACAUUGAGGAUUUAUCACAAAACGGCACCUACGUGAAUAAAGUGAAAAUUGGAAAAGGAAACAGAGUUAUUCUUGAAAAUCACGAUGUUAUUUCACUUGCUCAGGCAAAAUUUGCAGUUUAUAUAUUUAUGAAUAUUCAGGCCUAUGAGGGCAACGAUUUACCGCCUGAAAUAAAAUCAAAAUAUGCAAUAUCUCGAAAAUUAGGAUCAGGCGCCUGUGGCGAAGUGAAAUUAGUUUUCGCUAAAAUACCAUGUAAAAUGUUUGCAAUGAAAAUACUUUCCAAGAAAGGAUUAACAUCAUUAACAAGUGACUCUGAUAAAUUUAUCGACGACAGAAAAAUUCUUAACGAAGUGGAAAUUUUAAAGAAAUUGCGACACCCGUGUGUGAUAAAAACGGAAGAAGUUUUUAAUACGAAAAAUUCGGUUUACAUUGUUCUUGAAUUAAUGGAAGGCGGCGAACUUUUUGACAGAAUUCGUCAAACGCAAACUGGUUUGUCCGAUAGAAAUGCAAAAUUAAUAUUCUAUCAGGUUGCAUUGGCCGUGCAGUAUUUACAUUCCGAGGGUAUAACGCAUCGUGAUUUAAAGCCGGAAAAUAUUCUCCUGGCUUGCGACAAGGAAGUGACUUUAGUGAAAGUUAGCGAUUUUGGAUUAUCGAAAUUCGUCGACGCCGAAACAAUGAUGAAGACAUUUUGCGGUACGAUGAUGUACGUUGCGCCGGAAAUUCUAUUGACACAUGGACGUGGCGCGUACACGAAUAAAGUUGACGUGUGGAGUUUGGGUGUUAUUCUUUACACUUGUCUCAGUGCAUUAACACCGUUUAAUAACAAUAAUCCAAGAAUAAGUCUCUACGAGCAAAUCACUCAAGGAUUAUAUAAUUUUCCCCAGUCACGUUUUGCAAAUGUUGAUGAGAAGGCAAAGGAUCUUAUAAAGUGUAUGAUGACAUUGGAUCCAAAAAAACGAUUAACAAUCGAUCAAGUGAUAAAACAUAAAUGGCUGUGCGAUUCAACAAUGAAAACGACGGUUUUGGAUUUGUUUCGAGUGUCAGGUGAUAAUCAAAAUUAUGCACCAUUCUUGGAGAAUCAAAUGAAAAAUAUGAAAUUGUCGGAGAGAAGACCAAUUACACACGCUCCAACCUUUACACAAGUCGCGAAAAGACCAAGAUAUGACUUUCCCGAUCCCAGGUUGUAAAUAACAAAACAAAAAAAAACAAAACAAUAUUUAUUUUAUAAAUAAUAUUUAUAAAUAUGUAAAAUAGAGAAAUUUUUCGAAAAACGAACAAAGAAAAAUGAAGACGACACUGAAUAUUAAUAUUCAGUCGAAACUAACGAUCGUGAUAUUUAAAAAGAUAAAAAAAUUGAAACAAAUACUGUGAGAUUAAUUAAUAGAGUAAAUGAAAAGUUUAACUUUUUUAAAAAAAAAUAGUUUAAUUGUGCCAUGUUCAAAUGUUUUCUUUUGUGUCUCUCUCUCUCUCUCUCUCUCUCUCUCUUUCUCUCUUUUUAUUUUUCUUAAAAGUAAAUUUUGUUACUAUUUCAAAAGUAGACAUUAGUUUUUGUUAUAAAAAUCUACAGUUUGUCCAAAGAGUCUCUGUCUAAUAAAGAAAACAUUUUGUAAAUGAAUUUUUUUCUAAAAAAAAGUCUUUUGAAAUGAAGAGAAAAAAAAAUAAAGAACAAGUUAUUUUUUUUUAUGUAAA